CGGAGCCGCUCCGCUGCUGAUAUUGCGCGAUAUCAGAGGUCCUGGGCGCCUUAACUCAGUUUCUUUGCGUCUUUUUUUCUUUCUAAUGUCACAUUGAUACAAACAGGCGAUGUCUGAAGCCCAAACCGCUGGCGAGUGUCUCCCACCCUCUCUGACCCCUCCCCAUCCAGCCGACAGUCUGCGAGAUUGACGAGUAAUGGGGGGGUCCGCCUAGCGGGCAGCGGCACCACGCGCCGCUGCGCUGAAGCACGAGGCUGGUCGCUGACCUUGGUGCUGAAAAAGCUUUCAGAGAAGCAUCACGACCAGCAAAAAGCCAACUUCUCCCCUUCGUUUUCCUUCUGUUAGUCGCAGAGCUCUUGUUUUAAGGGUCUACGUGUAGACUUUCUUCAUUUUACAAACUUAUCAUUAUUCUCCCUUCAUUCUCGGGUUUGCAGUGAGCCUCGCUGGCUGAGCACCGAGAUGGGAACUCUGGCAGUGAGCAGGAUGAGCGCGUUCUGUGUCAGUGUGAGGAGAGGGCCAGACCACUUCUGAUUUCUCUCAUCUGUAGGCGGUUUUUUUCCGCGCGCUCCGUCUGUUUCUGAAGACCCUCGUCGGUUUUUGUGCUCAUCUGUCUGCCUUCAUCUCGCAUGCGCUCGCGCUCUGUCCGGUAUGUCUGACCAGCCCGCUCCUGUAACAGCGACAGAAUAAAAUAUCAAAUAAAAAUACAAAACAAACAAAAAAACAAACGCGCCGAGGGAUUAUUACGUUUGAACAUGGAUACUCCGAAGGAGGCCGGUUUUACUCCCAGCAAAGAGGGUCUGAAGCAGUUCGCGGGGAAGACCCUGGGACACAUGUACAAGGUGCUGGAGAGGCGUCAGAAGCCCGGGGAGAGCAUCGAGCUGACCGAGGAUGGUCGUCCUGCCCCGAGCAGGGAGCGGAAGGCGCCUCUGUGCGACUGCACGUGCUUCGGGCUCCCGCGCCGCUACAUCAUCGCCAUCAUGAGCGGCCUGGGCUUCUGCAUCUCCUUCGGCAUCCGCUGCAACCUGGGCGUGGCCAUCGUCAGCAUGGUCAACAACAGCACGAUCCACCAGAACGGCAAGAUCAUCAUCAAGGAGAAAGCUAAGUUUAACUGGGACCCUGAGACAGUGGGGAUGAUCCACGGCUCUUUUUUCUGGGGUUACAUCGUCACUCAAAUCCCGGGGGGCUACAUAUCGUCCAGACUAGCGGCCAACAGAGUUUUUGGGGCGGCCAUCGUUCUGACGUCGACCCUCAACAUGUUCAUCCCCUCAGCUGCCCGGGUCCAUUACGGCUGCGUCAUCUUUGUGAGGAUAUUACAAGGGCUGGUGGAGGGAGUGACCUACCCAGCAUGCCAUGGAAUCUGGAGUAAAUGGGCUCCACCUCUGGAGAGGAGUCGCUUGGCCACCACUUCUUUCUGUGGCUCCUAUGCUGGGGCUGUCAUUGCCAUGCCUCUGGCUGGAAUUUUGGUGCAGUACACUGGCUGGUCCUCUGUGUUUUAUGUCUAUGGGAGUGUGGGCAUUGUUUGGUACAUGUUCUGGAUCUUGGUGUCUUAUGAGAGUCCAGCAGAACAUCCUACCAUCACUGAUGAAGAACGCUGCUACAUUGAGGAGAGCAUAGGAGAGAGCGCCAAGCUGCUGGGCCCUGCAGAGAAAUUCAAGACGCCCUGGAGAAAGUUCUUCACCUCCAUGCCUGUCUAUGCAAUCAUUGUAGCCAACUUCUGCAGGAGCUGGACCUUCUAUCUGCUGCUCAUCAGCCAGCCAGCAUACUUCGAGGAGGUGUUUGGCUUUGAGAUCAGCAAGGUUGGCAUGCUGUCAGCCCUUCCUCAUCUGGUGAUGACCAUCAUUGUGCCCAUUGGUGGUCAAAUAGCAGAUUUCCUGCGCAGUAAGAACCUCAUGUCAACCACCAAUGUCAGGAAGAUCAUGAAUUGUGGAGGCUUUGGAAUGGAGGCUACUUUGCUGCUAAUAGUGGGAUACUCUCACAGUAAAGCAAUGGCCAUCUCAUUCUUAGUGCUAGCUGUGGGCUUCAGUGGCUUUGCAAUAUCAGGUUUCAAUGUCAAUCACUUGGACAUCGCUCCACGUUAUGCCAGUAUUCUCAUGGGCAUCUCAAAUGGAGUGGGAACCCUAUCAGGCAUGGUGUGUCCUCUGAUUGUGGGUGCUAUGACCAAAAACAAGACCAGAGAAGAAUGGCAGUAUGUGUUCCUCAUCGCCUCUCUGGUGCAUUACGGUGGCGUAAUCUUCUACGGCCUCUUUGCUUCGGGAGAGAAACAGCCAUGGGCUGACCCAGAGCUAACCAGUGAAGAGAAGUGUGGCUUCAUAGAUGAAGAUGAGCUGGCUGAGGAGACUGGGGACAUCACCCAGAGCUACGGGGCCUUGGGCGGUCCAGCCAAGACAUAUGGGGCCACCACACAGAUGAACGGAGGAUGGCCUGAUGGAUGGGAGAAACGAGAAGAAUAUGUACAAGAGGGAGCGGAGGAGGGAGGGUACGGAUACAGGCAGGGUGGGGAUUACUCAUAGACCACACGCACACAUUAACAAACACAAAAUACAUGAUUGCAAACACAUGCACACAUCAACACUGUAGACUUAUUUUGUAGUGGUUGUGAGUUCUAAUAAAAGAGUGCAAAACUGCUUAUAAAGUUGUACAAAGAAAAAAAACACAUUGUCAUGUUUGCACAAAGGAAAAUAAUUCAAAAUAAUUCAAGCUAUAUUGAAAUUAUAAUAGAUAAAUAUGAAACAAUAUAUAUAUAGAGAGAGAAUACCUAAUACUACAGAGAGAUGUAAUACAUAUCAAAUUGGCAGAUUGUAAAUGUAAAUUGUCUAUGUUAAAAAAAGAACAAGAGUGAAUUUAUUUCAAGUGCAAUCAUGUGUAAUAUUGUGAAGCGGAUAUUUUCACCUCAUCAUUCUAUCAAAAAGUUUAGCUGCUGGUGUUCAGAACUACCAUGGCCUCAUGAAGGCUCAAAUAACAAAUCCAUAUAGAGCUAACACCAGCCAUAGAAAACCCUGUAAACCUGAACUAGGACAACAUUUUUCUCCAUUUCUUUUCGCACUGCACUGCGAGAGCUCUGUGUAAAUGCACAUGUGUCUGUUUCUAUUCCAUGAUGUGUUACUCAUUCAUCGUAGAUGUAAUGUUUCUGUGAGACUUAAGAAGAUUUGGGUCUUUGACAUCACAUUUAGGAGCACAAUGAUAUUUCUAUAGAAGAUGAUUUUUAGCUUUGUAGGUAAAAGCUAUGGAAUCGAAAGGUUUUAGGGCUAAGAGUGGAAGAUCUGCAUCCAAGCUAACUCAUAAGCUCAAAUUUUCAGCAUAAAAUUGAGGUUUAUCAAGAAAACAUAAGAUUAACUAAAAAUAAACUAGUCAGAAAAUAGACAAAAAAGGCUCUAGGCUAUGUUCACAUUACAAGUUUUAUUGUUAAAUUUUUUGCUCAGAUUUGCUUUCUAACUCACAUUCUUGUAAGUGACUCUGAUCUGUCAUUAAUGUGAAUUAACCUGCCUCCUGAAAUGACUUGAAUGGCCACAUAUCAAUCAAUAAUGUCACAUGAAUAAACCACAUUCAUAAUGAACAACAAACAGCCUUGCUCUACAAGCCUUCAUUGUAAAGAUAAUUUGCUCUGGACAGCUCUUAUUAGAGCAAGAUGGGGGUUAAAAAGGGUCAGAUGCAUUGCUUUUGUAGUGAUUACUGACAAUAACUUUAGAUUAGGUCUUUUUUAGGUCUGCAUCAUGAACAUUGAAUGAAUUCCAAUGUGAGUUCUCCUUAAGGUCAAAUGACCAUGUGAUCAAAGACCAUGUAUGAAAGUGGUUCAGAUCUGAUUUGAAAAGAUCACUUUAUGGUUGGAUAAAGCUGGAUAAAGUUGUAUCACUUUAAGGUGGAUCUGUGCUACUUCGACUUGGUAAUAUGAAUGUAGCUUAAGUGGAACAUUUGGCUAAUAACAUUGUGUUUGAUCUCUGGUUUGAAUCCCAGCAAUCUGACCAUAUUCCACCUUAAAGUGGCAUAAUUCUAUUGUUUUCAGAGCUGGACACAAAAAGAUGAUAUUUUCAAAUCAGAUCUGAGUAACUUUCAUGUGUGGUCCUAGACCACAUGGCCAAUUGACCUUCAGAUCUAAUCUUUCUGGAUGGAACAUGGUGGUUUGCAUUCAUGCAGGUCAGUGACCUGCAUCUAUGAUGAAUGUGAACCAACUUGUGCCCUGAAAUGUCCCUCAUGUAGUCAUAUUUACUAUGCUUCAUUAUUGAGGCAAGACAGAGGUGAGAAAGAUCAGAUGCACUGCUUUGGCAGCGUUCACUGGCACUCACUUCAUGUUAGCCACUGUUGCCGUGUUAACACUGAAUGAUGGUGCAUGCGCAGUGGAUUAAAAGCACAAAAGUGAAUUGAAAUCUGACUAGGCCUGAUUUGAGAAGAUCAAAUUUGUCUGUCCACACAGCUCUGAUUUGUGCCACGCAAACAAGUAAUGUGAACAUAGCCUGUCUGGUCAGAUCCAGAACACUCUUAAGAUCUAUCUUAUGAACUGGAACUGAGCUUGUGGGGUGGAAGAUGAUAUGAAGAAUAACACAAUAAUCAUAUUAAAAAAACACCUCUAGAUAGUGGAUGGGAAUUGGCAAUGACUAACACUGGGAGAAAAGGAGUAAACCAAAAAGAGAAAUAAAAAAAAGCACAGGGUGUCAAAAAGACCCAGUUCUUCAGUUCCUUCUGUUUUCAGAAGUUAACACCAUGCCAUCUUGACGUCCAUGAAUGUUAAUUAUGCAUGGAUCAGAGCUUUUGUUUUGAGAUAGGAUUGUUUCAAUAUCCCCCUUUAGUUACUAUUGUAUCAGUUUCUUUGCACAGUUAACCAAAGGUAAUGUGUAGAGUUGGGUCUUAGCAGGGUCCGGCGUGGGGGUGGGGGGGGGGUCCUGUGAGGAAAACACUGAGCUACCUGCUUUAAGGGCUCCUACAGCCACAGCAGGCGCCGACCAUAUUCAAUGUACAAAGCAAUAAAUCCAUGGUAACAGCCGUCAGUUCAACCAAUACAAACAAAAAAAUAUAUAUGUAUGUAACACAUAAGCACAUUUAACUGUAGUAACUUUUGGUUCACGUUGUGUUUUUGUGAUGACAAUAAAAAAAAGAAGAAGAAGAUCAAAUAUAGACUUCUUGUUAAAAAUAUGUAUAAAAAUAUAUAUAAAUAGAUUUAGCAAGAGUCCAGUGCAAAUCUCUUUGAUGUAAAGAGCGUUUGUACUGGGCCCACUCACCAGAAGAGAAUGAUUCUAAAGUGCCACCUGCACCCAGUUCCUGUGUGAAGCUCUCAUCACAGUUCUUGCUUCUGCGGGUGGCCGCACCUCUGUAGUUGUCCUGUAUGGUUGCCAGUGGUUGCUUUUUUUGAGAGUAUGUUGUUGUGAGACAUAUUUUAUUCCCCCCUCCCCUUCAAAAAGCCCCCUUUUUUGACUUCCCUCAUGUUUCUGGUCUGUGUUCUGUCAGUGGCUUGAAACCUCCCCUUUCCUCUCCCUCUCCCCCCAUAGUCUGUUCUUGCACUCUCACUACUGUUGCAAUAUUCAGUGGCGCAAAGGGUUAUUUGUAAAGGUAUUCAAACAUGCACAAAAAUGACAGUUAUUAGCCAUGACUUUAAGGUACCAUAUUCCUGUUUUGUGCCUCAGAGUAAAGUUAAAAAGCGUGAUUCUUUUGCUGUGUUACCUGUAAAUGGAGAGGUUUGUUGAUGUCAAAAUGAAAUGCUCUAUAUAUCCUUUUUAUAUAAAACAUUGACAAAAUUUUA